AUGAUACUGGGUAGUAGCAGGAAAUUGAAGUGGCUGGAUGACUAUGAUCUUCCUCAAAUUACUGUUGAUGGAAAUGUUAUUCCAUAUGUCAAUUCAACUAAACAUCUCGGGGUUCAUAUAACAAAUAAUCUCUCUUGGGAUGUACAUGUGGCUCAUACCACACGCAAGGUUUAUGGUACAUUAAAUAGCCUCAAGUCUAGGAAGAACAUACUGUCUACAGCAAAUCUAUACGAGCACUCUUUUUUAAUCUCAUCAAUACGCCUUUGGCGUGAAAUUCCACCAGAUGUCAUAAACUCAUUCAGCAUAGAGGCAUUUAAAUCAAAAGCCUUUGAAUUCUUCUAUGAGCUUGAACUCAGGGAGGCCUAG